GAUAACUUGUUUCUGAUUGGGUAGUCACGUUCCCAUCGUUCUGCAAUUUUUGGUUAUUAAUCACGUGAAAUAAUCACAGAGCAAUGAAAUAAAUAUCCUGAAAUGUCCUAUUCCCUUGUUCGAGCCAGUCUCGAUCUCGUUGAGUAUGAAACCGAUGUGAAUCCAGACAAGAAAAAGAAGAAGAACAAGCGACAGAAUGGCAUACUGGAUUUAAUACCAGCCCAUCAGAGACUUCGACAAAAGGGAAAAACAGCACGAUCUCACAAGAUUGAUCAGAACUCACGAAAAUCAUUGAAAAACCCGGAAAAAUCCGUCCAAGAUAAUGUUCAGAGGCUUCUUUCAUUGAGCAGUCGUAAACUUGAUGGAGAAACUGCUGAAAAGUUAUUCAAUCGAGCCGUAAAACAACCCCUCAAACCCAAAGAGAAACCCCAGGAGAAGCAGACUACAGCCUUCACAGAAGAAGACUUCGCAAAAUUUGCAGCUGAAUACACCGGCGAAUAGUAAAAUGCUCAACAGUGAUCGUGAAAAGGGGAAGAUCAUUCUGAUAGGAACAUCAAUAGUAUUUAUUUACUACACAGUCUGGGUGUUGGGUCUGC